AAGGGGGGGCGAUGAGUUGAGAGAUCAGUGGCAAUGAGCAACACAGUCUCUACGUUAUUAAAUCUGUUCCAUUUCAUAGAAACAGUCAGAACUUUACAUUAGGUCGGUCACGGAAGCCGGUAGUCCAGGGCAGCGUACGGAGCGAGAGUGGAACGAGAUGGGCAGCGCGUCUUCGGCGUAUCGGAUGAUAUACCUGGACGUGGAUGGACGGAUCCAGAAGGUGGUUUUCAGCCGUUUUUGCAGCCCAUGUGAUAUAAAGGAGUUAUUCUGCACUGCCACAGGGCUCUCCAGGAACACAACCAUUUCCCUUCUGGACUCAACAGGAGCAAUGGUCUCCAUCGACCCCACAAUGCCAAACAACUCAGAGAGGUCGCCGUACAAAGUGGUGCCCAUAACUGGCGGACAACUUGCAGAUAAAGAGGAGCUUUUCCAGAAUGUUCUGACCCAGGUGGCAGAGCAGUUCUCCAGGGCAUUUAAAAUCAACGAACUGAAGACUGAGGUGACAAAUCGCCUAGCCAUGCUGGAGAAGAGAGUGGAGUUGGAAGGAAUGAAGGUGGUGGAGAUCGAGAAAUGUCGCAGUGACAUCAAGAAGCUGCGGGAGGAGAUGGCCUCCAGGAACAAUAGCAGUUUCCUAGAUGACAACAAGAAGUUAACUCCUCGCAGAGAUGUGCCUUCAUACCCAAAGUACCACCUCUCACAGGAGACAGUAGAAGCUUUGAGGCAGCCGGUCUUCGAUGUGUGGCAAUGGGAAGCUAACGAGAUGCUGAGUUGUCUGGAGCAUAUGUACCAUGACCUCGGGCUGGUAAAGGACUUUAAUAUUAACCCCAUCACGCUGAAAAGAUGGCUGCUUUGCAUCCAUGACAAUUACAGGAACAAUCCUUUUCAUAAUUUCCGCCACUGCUUCUGUGUCACUCAGAUGAUGUACAGCAUGAUCUACCUCUGCGACUUACAGGAAAAGUUCACACAAGUAGAUAUUCUUAUUUUGAUGACAGCAGCUGUGUGUCACGACCUGGAUCAUCCUGGGUACAACAACACAUAUCAGAUUAAUGCGCGCACAGAGCUGGCCGUGAGGUACAAUGACAUCUCUCCUCUGGAGAACCAUCACUGCGCUGUGGCCUUCCAAAUAUUCUCUCAGCCAGACUGCAACAUCUUUGCCAACUUUGAUCCUGAAGCCUUCAAACAGAUUCGUCAGGGAACCAUCACCCUGAUACUGGCCACAGACAUGGCCCGACAUGGAGAGAUUCUGGACUCUUUCAAACAGAAAGUGGAUAACUUUGACUUCGCUAAUGAGGAGCAUGUUACUUGUCUAAAGAUGGUGCUGAUCAAGUGCUGUGACAUCUCUAAUGAGGUCCGGCCGAUGGAGGUCGCUGAGCCAUGGGUGGACUGUUUGCUGGAGGAGUACUUCAUGCAGAGUGAUCGAGAGAAGGCAGAGGGUUUACCAGUCGCUCCUUUCAUGGACAGAGAAAAAGUGACUAAGCCCACUGCUCAGAUCGGCUUCAUCAAGUUUGUCCUGAUCCCCAUGUUCGAGUCAGUGAUGAAGUUGUUUCCUCAGAUUGAGGAGGUAAUGGUACAGCCCUUACGCGAAUCCCGGGACAGAUAUGAGGAGCUUAAACAGAUAGAUGACGCCAUGAAUGAGGUGCAGAAAAAGAAAAGUGAAAAUUUAACAAUGGGAGGAAAAAAGAAAUGAGGAAGGUCAAUGUCGAAAUGUACCGCAUGCUACCUAAAUGUAUCAUUUAUAUUUGUUAUUUGUGUUAUCAUUACAGCAAAACCUACCUUGUCUUUGUUUGUUUCAGCUGGAAUCUUCCUCAGAGGCAGUAAAAUGUGGGAAACGAGUGAAAUCUUGGCCAUCUGCUCAGAAAAUCCAAAGCAUUUUUCAGGGAAUUGAAUCGUGUACAGCUCAGCUAUGAACUAUGUGUUGUUUUUAUUUGGUUUUGUAAAAGUAUAAACAUUAUACAGGAUGUACAGAUUUUUAGUCACUUUUACUCAAAAAAAUAAAAGUCUAACUUUUAAAAAACUGAA